AGAAAUCUUUGAACUUCCUUAUCCACUGUCCUUCUUCCUCUUUACCCAGAAAACUCACACACUAACAAAAAAUGGCGCAACUCCAUUCUCUGUGCUUCGCUUCACCAAUAACCUCUUUCUCUCUCCUCGAACCCCAUUCGUUCUCCUCUUUUCCUUCCCUUUCUCUCUCCUCAAUUAAACCCUCUUUCCUCUCUUUCCGCCGCAAUUCCCGCCUCACCCACAUUUCCCCUUCUUCUUCUGCAAUUCUCGCCAUUGAAAACCCAUCUUCAGAAUCCCCGGAAAAAGAGAUAUGUCCCACCAGAUUGCUUGCUUCAAACGUCCCUUGGACAUCAACUGCUGAUGACAUUCGUGCUUUGUUUCAGAACUAUGGCACUGUUGUCGAUGUUGAGUUGCCGAUGCAUAAUAAAGCGAGGAACAGGGGAUUGGCGUUUGUUGAAAUGGGUUCUGAGGAAGAAGCUGCUCAAGCUCUUGCUAAGCUCGAAGCUUAUGAGUAUGAAGGUCGAACUCUAAGGCUAGCUUAUGCUACGCCAAAGAAGGCGAAAGCAUCUCCUCCUGUGCAACCUAAGCAACCUGUUGUUUACAACCUGUUUGUGGCAAAUUUAUCUUAUCUUACAAGGUCUAAAGACCUUAAGGAAUUUUUUCAGUCUGGUGGUAGUGAAGUUGCUAAAGCUGAGGUCAUAUUUAAUGAAAACCCUAGAAAAUCAUCUGGAUAUGGAUUUGUUUCUUUUAAGACUAAGAAAGAAGCCGAUGAUGCCCUCACUACUUUUGAUGGGAAGGAGCUGAUGGGGAGACCAAUCAGACUAGCACGUAGCAAUAGAUUCGUAAAACUUGAAUCAGAAUUGAAUUCCCUCCCAGAGGAUGGGGAAGACCAGCCUGCUGAUUCUAGUCAUGAUUCAGAGCAAACAGAGACACUUGAUAACUUGUAAUAAUGAAGAAUUGGAGGCACUAUCAAUUUUGUGUUUGCAUCAACUCUCUUGUUGAGAAGGCUGUCAUUCGAUGAUGUAAAGCUUAUAGUGUCUGACUGAAUGGAUUACUAAGAGGACAAGGUUAAGCAGUAUAUUGGAUUUUAGCAUUAUGGCGCUUACAUACAGAGCUUGGAAGUUCCUCAUACAUUGUGCUCAAUGGUCGCUCUGCUUACCCUGACUAUGUGCACUGAAAUGCGCUGAGUACACGAUCAAAUGCUUAGAAUUACAGUUAAACAUAACAUUAUGUGGAUGCAUUACAGCCAUAAAUAGCAUAUUGCAUGUUUGCAGUUAGAUACCAAAAUCGUCCCUGUAAAGCCCUGUAUUUUGUAAAUUGGUGUAACUGCUGUAUCAUAUGGCACUGUUUGGGCAAGGAUUAGAGUUAUCGACCCAGAUAAAUUGGGGGGUGCUUUGACAGCAAUUGUAGCACUGUAUCUUUUGCCCUUGUUAAGAUAGAUGCUUUUUGAAUAAAUUCUGCCCACUAGAUUCACUGAUAUUUUCAUUGUUA